AGCAGGCAGUGUUUGCAGUGGGGAGGACUGUUUAUAUAAACAGGACACCUCUGUAAACGACACUAAUAUUUGGGGUUAGGUGGCGAUGGAAGGGAAGGUCCUCUUGAGCCAGGAGAUUCCCCAGUAACUGGGCGCAGUUCUUUCCUCGCAGCUUUUAAGGGAGGGGGUUCAGGGCAUUGGGACGAUAUUUUUUUGGGGGGGUGUGUGUGCACAACCUACCAUGGCCACAUCUGGCAGGAUCAGUUUUACAGUGAGGAGCAUUUUGGAUUUACCAGAGCAGGAUGCUAAUAGCAUAAAGCAAGCCUCUGACCAUCACCACUCAGCGGAGAACUACACCGGCUCGCCGUACCGAGGGUGGAUAGAAACAGACAGAAAUCACUAUCCCUCUUCCGACGAGAGCGGCCCGGAGCUGAGCUUGCCCGACUCCACUCAAAGGUCGCUCCCCGCCCGCGGCUCGGAGGCCGAGGAGAAGAAGAAGAAACGGCGGGUGCUCUUCUCCAAGGCGCAGACGCUGGAGCUGGAGCGGCGGUUCCGGCAGCAGCGGUACCUCUCGGCACCGGAGCGGGAGCAGCUGGCCCGGCUGCUCAGCCUCACCCCCACCCAGGUGAAGAUCUGGUUCCAGAACCACCGCUACAAGAUGAAGCGGGCGCGGAGCGAGGGCCCCGGCAGCCCCCCGCCGCGCCCGCCCGCCCUGCUGCGCCGGGUGGUGGUGCCGGUGCUGGUGCGGGACGGGGAGCCCUGCCGCGGCUGCCCCGCCAGCCCCCCGCCGCCCGCUGCCCGCCCCAAGCUGGGCUGCGCCCUGGCGGGCUGCAGCGCCCAGGCUGCCCUCGCCCUGCAGGGCUACCGAGCCUGCCCGCCCGCCGCCGCUCUCGGCGUCUUCCCCGCUUACCAGCACUUAGCGCACCCCGCCGUCGUCUCCUGGGGAUGGUGACAGCGGCGCUUCGCCCUCCAGGGCCGGACUCAUCCCACGGGCGCAGGGAGGCCCGCCCCAGCCCCGGGCUCCUAGCGCGGGGAAGGCGCCGGGGCGCGCCGGGGCACCGCGGCUGCCGGGCUCGGCCGGGCCGGGUGGCGGAGCGCGGCUCCGGGGCGGCGGCAGGCAGGCGGGCAGCGCGGCCGGCCGGGACGAAGCUCGCCUGGGCCGCCCUCCCCUCCGCCGGUCUCACCCGAGGGCGCGGAUGCCGGGUGCGGCUCUAAUUUUGUAAAACCUCCGCUCCUCCUGCUCCUUUUCGAGAGAUUCCUGUUUAAAAAAAAAAUAAUCCUAGCGACCUAGUUUAUUUUAAAAUAGUUUAUUCGUCCAGUGACUAAUAAAAUAAUUUUUUGCAAAUACAUUUUUCCCGGCGGAGAAGUGUAUUUUUGACUAUUGGGAUUUUUUCGUAGGAUUACCUUCUGUGCCAUAAAAGUUUAAAUACUUGUCUUGAUAGCGCCAGCGGAAUUUCACUUUCAAGUUCGUUUAUUUUUCCCCACGUGCGCCCGUAAACGGCGAAUAAAGUUUUCUGCAAGCAUCUCGCUGUACACCUGGUGAUAUUUCUUAGGGGAAGCGUGAGCCCGGAGCUCCCCGUCUCUGGAGGCUCCCCGACUUUUCGUUUAGGGCGGCGAUGCCCGACACCGGCCGGGGCCCCGGAGCGGGGUUUCCUCCGCCCAGCCCGGCCCGCGGUUCGUUGCUGACUUUUUUACAGCAGCUAAAGCAAGAUCCAGAAUUUUCCCAAUCUUCCCGUUAGUCUGUAUCUGUUCCAAAGAUCGACUGGGGAAGAAUAGCCAAGGGAAAAUAGAGACGCCUUGAUGAACUAUUGAUUUUAUUAUUUUUUGGGGAAAAAAAUCAUAUAAUUGUCCUGACAACCGCCAAUGGGGAAAAAUCCUUAAAAAAAACACAACCAAACCCAGGUCUCUGAAAUAUAAACUAGACCGGCUGCCUCCAUCCCUCCGACGGGAGCCGCAGAGGGAAUAUUUGGGGGCGAAAACCCCACGGGGACUGAUGCAGGCAACCUGCCGGCCGAGGAAAGGCUGUCGAGGGAAAGGGACCCACAGAAGC